UUCAUCCACCAUGUCUUUUCCACGGUGUUGCUUUAUAUGUAUUUUUAUUCUUUUGGGUUUAGGUAUAGAGCUAGCAAAUUCUCAGCCUUAUAGAGUAGUGGGAGGAAAACUACUACCUUACAAGACAAUCAUCGUGGAUCAAUCAGGGCAUGGAAACUUCAAAACCAUACAAUCUGCUAUUGAUUCAAUCCCUUCCAACAAUAGGUAUUGGGUUUCCAUAAAUGUGAAGACAGGUAUCUACAGGGAAAAAGUGAUCACAAUUCCAGUUGACAAGCCUUACAUCCUAUUGCAAGGAGAGGGAAAGACGAAAACUCUUGUUCAAUGGGGUGACCAUGAUAACACAUUACAGAGCGCUACAUUCACAACUUUGGCUGACAAUAUCAUCAUCAAGUUUAUGAGUUUUAUUAAUUCUUACAAGAAUUAUAAACCCGUACGACCAGCAGUAGCUGCCUUGGUAAGCGGUGACAAGUCCUACUUCCCUAGUGUUGGUUUCUUUAGUUUUCAAGAUACUUUGUGGGAUAAUCGUGGAACUCAUUACUACAAGUCUUGUACCAUUCAAGGUGCUGCUGAUUUUAUCUUUGGUGAUGGUCAAUCAUUAUACGAGGAUUGUACCAUAUCUGUUAUUGCUGCACCUCUAGGUCCAGGAAUUUCUGGUUUUAUCACAGCACAAGGGAGGGUAAGUCCCAGCCAAUCAAGUGGAUUUGUUUUUAAGAAUUGUGUUAUCGAUGGAACUGGCACAACUUACUUGGGAAGACCGUGGAGAGAAUAUGCUAGAGUUCUUUUCUACCACACAAAAAUGUCGAACAUUAUACAUCCAAAUCGUUGGGAUCCAGGGCAUUUCCGUAAUCAAGUGUAA